AUGAGUUCUUCUCAAGGAGUCGUCGAGGGGCGCAAAUCCAACAAUCCCCGACGAUCAGUCUCCGUCGCGACCGCCAAUAGUGCCAGCGAAAGCGUCGUCGGGCACGAUGAAUCAGAAAACAGUCUGAGCACUACUCCUACACAGUCUCAGCACAAGCACACUCCCAACCAAGCUCAACUCCGAGAUGCCAGUGUCAACACUUGGAGGAACAGCGGUGAAAGUGCUGGUCAGAACACCUCUCAAAGCUCGGAUAGCCAAGGAAACACCCUUGGCCGCAAUCAACCUGCUCCAGUGAGUUCCGAUUGCAGCUCCUCUAAUCGUGCGUCUUAUCUGCUGCUCGACUGCUCACAGCGCAAUGCAUUGUUCCUUCUUGUUGCUCCUUCUUGUAGCGCCCCGCCCUAAAUGCUACACCUCGAAGCGCGUCAGCUAGGUACCCAAGCGUCCAGGGCAGCCUGAACGCCGGUACUACACCUCGCAGCGCAGCCCGCAGCACCUCCUACGCGCCUAGCGACCUCGAAAGUGGCAGUGCCUUGUCAGCGUCGGAGUACGACUCAGAUGACGGCUCGAUUCUGGCAAGUAACGCGAAUCGCAGCAUGCAAGACAGCGGCGCUCAGUCUCUGCACGCCGCACAGCGCUCGUCCUCUACCACGACUACCGCUCGCGGUCGAGGUGACACAGUGCGCGCUGUGUCCAGCAAGGCAGGCGUCAGUAGCUCCAUGAGUCGGGCCACGGGAGCGAGCCAAAGCACCAAUCGAGGUGGCUCCCGGCGUACCAGCGUUGCAGAUAAAGGCCGUCGAAGCAGCGUCGCACGCGGUGGAGGACGAAGCGACGAUGAAGACGGUCGGUUCGGUCCGCUGGAUGACGAAGAUGAUGAAGUUCAGCCCUACGAUCGUGGCGAGGAACUCGUGCGUCGACGUGCAAAAGCCCGAAAGAAGCUCGAGAAGCAAAAGCAAAAGGCAGCAGAGCAAGGGCGCACGCGCCAGCAGCAACAGCAGACUCCAAGCAGCCCUAGGAUCCGCUCAGGAAGCAUCGCUGCUAUUGGCGGAGGUCUGCGAUCCCCUCAGCCAGAGGGCGGUGCAGCGACUCGAGAAGGACGUCCGAUGCACAUCUCCAUUCCUACACCUGGAUCGGAGAUCAGCUCGGGACUGCUUUCUCCGGGCACUGCUCCCUCGUCUGCGGCGCCACCGACUGCCAGUCCAGGUGGUAGCCGCCACACGAGUGGAGCUAGCGGACACCAGGCGUACCCUUCGCCGCACUCUCAUAUCAUGCGCUCUGGUCUGCCAGCCACCUCGCCCGAUGUUCACUCUGCACGUCGUUCAAGCGCAAACUUCAGCGUCUCGACGACACGCGCACCGACCACUGGCGCCCCCGCCAGGGACGUGUUCAGCGACAGCAAUCGCGCACAAUCCGAAGUUGGCGCGGGCAGUAUCGCUGGUAGCGUCGUGGAGGGGUCUUCGGAGGACGGCGAUAUUGGCCAAGCGGAGGAAGAUGAUCACGAGGAAGGUCGAGACACCCUUGGAGGCUUGGUCAAGGAGAGAGACACUCAAGUGCAGGCUGUGCGCAACAGCACUGGUGUGGAUGUUCAGGAAGCGUCCCCUGAAGAUGGCGAUUCUGGCGACUUGGACGACGAUGCUAAUGGCGACGAUGAUGGUGACUCCUCGGGCGGAGAUGUCGAGUACACGCUCAAAGAUAGACAGGACGCAAUCAAUAUCGAGCAUCCUUUCGGUUUGCCGAUCUGGAAGCCCGCGUUGUACAAGAAGAGCCGCACGGUCACGAGAAAUGCAGAGGAUGCGCUCCAUUCCAUGCCAUCAGCUGCGGCUGAGAGGCAUCUACUCCCCGGCAACAUCAUCUGGACGGUCUUCUUUGGAAGCUGGCUGAGUGUGCUCUGCAUUCUGCUUAGCUUCGUGCUCGCCGCUGUCCCACUGGGUGGACGUCGCUACGCUCGAGUUCUGUGGGAACUUGGCUGCUACCUCAUCUGGCCUUUUGGCAAAUAUGUAGAGGUCGAUGUCGGACCUAACAGCGGAGAGCGAGGGACCAUUUUUGGGGAUGAUGACCAAGACGCGACCAAUGGGGAAGAAGGAGACGCAACAUUCGAGAAUGCCUUCACGCCAGUGGCUGCCAGAUUUCCUCACGACCACGAGCACCACACAGUUCCCUUCAACAGCCGCGCUGGACCGCGCUCUGCGUCGAGUCGCUCCUUUGCUGAUGAGCAGAGCACGCUCAAGCAGCGCCCUGAUUUGCAACAGCACCAAGAUUGCACUGGCAGCUCCUCAAGUAACGAGGCUUCCAGCUCUCGUCAAGGUGUGGAGGAUGUUGCGACUGCUACCAGAGCGAACUUCACAGAAGCAGCGACCGAGACCAGUCCACUGAAGGGAAAGCGUCGUGCGUCUGGUACGGCUCAAUCCGCAGACUAUGGGGCGAUGGGCGAUGCUGGGCUCGACUCGGGAAGCGAGGUCAAGGAUGAAAGGGAGCGGAUCGUCGAGGAGCGGAGACUCUACGAGUACGUGCACGACGCAGACGGCAACGACAUUGGUCGCUCAAGACGUCUGGGCGGCACCAUCGCCUACGGCAUCUUCUUCUGGAUCGCUCUUGCGCCCGUCUUGGGUCUUGUGUGCCUCUCACUCUGGGGGGUGGUGUUCACCAUUCCGAUGGCCAAGUUGACUUGGGUACUCCUCAAGAAUUUGGCUACCCAACCCCUGGCAUUGCACUUCCGUUCCGCGCCUGGCAUUGCCCUUGCCGCAGGCCUCAACGACGAUGAUGCGCAAAGCUCGUCGGCAGGAUCCGAGCAGCUUCAGAACGGAUUUCUUAAACCUCUUCAACCAGGCCAAUUCGCUCCUCGCCGCAGAGUCGUCCGCAAGGAAGGCGGCGCUCUCGAACCUGUCCGGCGCUCGAAGAUCCUCCUUUGCACAUACCGGGCGAUGGGCUUGCAGUACUACAAAUACACCGUCGGAGGUGUCAACAUUCUGUUCAUCAACACACUGCCCUUCGUCAUCUUGACAAUUCUCGACUUCUUCUUCGUCGAAGACUACGUGCACCGCCACCACAUUGAGACCGGGUUCCUGGCCUUCAUCUCGUCCCAGGGCGCGCUCUUUGUGCUGGCGCUUGGUAGCGUGCUACCACUCAGUUACUUCAUCGGCAUGGCUGUUGCAAGCAUUAGCGCACAGAGCAGCAUUGGUAUGGGUGCUGUCAUCAAUGCGACUUUUGGUUCGAUUGUCGAAAUCAUCCUGUACGCCAUUGCCCUGACCCAAGACAAGGCGCGCUUGGUCGAGGGUUCGCUGGUCGGCUCGAUCCUGGCCGGUGUCUUGCUGAUGCCUGGCCUGUCCAUGUGCAGUGGGGCAACACGUCGCAAGGAGCAACGGUUCAACGCUCGCUCAGCUGGCGUCACGAGCACCAUGCUGAUCAUGGCAAUCAUCGGCAUUUUGACACCCACGCUCUUCUACCAGAUAUAUGGAACAUUCCAGCUCACCUGCAACGGAUGUCCCGUCGGAGCGCCGCCCGGAGAUACUUGGACGUGCAAGCAAUGCUUCUACGAACACGUGCCACCUGCGUCGGACCCCUUUUACCAACGCGAUGUCAAGGGUCUAAUGUACACUUGCACGGUGGUCCUCGUGCUGUCGUACGGCAUUGGUCUCUGGUUUAGUCUUCGAACGCACGCCUCCCAGAUCUGGCAAAACCCAAACCCUGUGCCGGCUGUCGGUGCUACGCCUGUUCAUCAACAUGCGGGCGCAGUGCACACGGGCGCCGGAUCGAACGCCAUUAGCAUCCCUUCUGCACAGCGAGCAAGCAUCUACAAGCGCAUCCUCCAACCUGUCGGCCAGCUCCUACCCACACACGGUCAACAGUCGGCUUAUCCUGCCUCUGCCCCAGCUCACGGCCAGCAGCAUCGCCCACACAGCCAGGCACACAGUCAAGGUACCGGCACCGCUCGUUCUAGCCGCGGUGGAGCUCCCGAAGGCGGCGCUUUGCCUCCUCUUCAGUUGCCUGAAUCAGCAAGCCUGACUUCCGACGACUACGCACGCGCGGUCGCUUUGACGACAAGCGCCUUCAUGCAGGAAGACGAGCGUCAGAAGCAGCUGCAGCAACAAUCCCGGUCAAGUUCUGGUCACGCUCCGGCAAACGUGGUACACCAUGCGAAUCAGGCUAUUCCGCGCUCAGCGGUAGGUCCCGCGCAGCCCCGACACCAUUCUGUCCACGAUGCGACUCACGAUGCGGACGACGCUGAGGGCGGCCAUGGUGGCCACGAUGCGCCAUCUUGGACUCGCAACCAAAGCAUGUUUGUCUUGCUCAGCUGCACUGUCCUCUACGCCAUUAUUGCCGAGAUCCUCGUCGACGCCGUCGACGUUGUUCUUGACGGAGCUGGCAUCGACAUCAAGCUGCUUGGUAUCACUCUCUUCGCGCUAGUUCCAAACACGACCGAAUUCCUGAACGCGAUGAGUUUUGCAAUGAACGGCAAUAUCGCUCUGAGUAUGGAAAUCGGCAGUGCAUGUGAGUACGAUUCCCAAGCUUCGCCCUGCGCGCCGCCUGUACUGAUGUGCUUGCCCGAUCGCAAUUCCACACAGAUGCUCUGCAAGUCUGCUUGAUCCAAAUUCCAGCCAUGGUCGUUUUCAGCGCGUGGUGGAAUCGUAGUGGAGAAGCAGACGAGCAACAGAUUUUCAGUUUGAUCUUCCCUAGAUGGGACGUCAUCGCCAUUAUCUUCUCCAUCUUCCUCCUCACCUAUACCUACACUGAAGCACGAUCCAACUACUACCGCGGCAGCAUACUCAUACUGAGCUACGUCGUUCUCGUCUCUGGAUUCGUCUUCGCCCCUUCUACUGGCGACACCGAAGACCCUGGCGAGGACUUGCCCGGACCUGGGACGCUCCUGACAAAUACGGUGCAUCUCGCCGCUCAAGCGGUCGGCACACACAUGGGUCCGGCUGCUACGCUCAAAGCAUGGAUCGGAAGCUUGUGGACGCGCUGA